CAGUUUAUUUAUUUAUUUCUCUUGCUUUUCCUUUAAACCCAAAAAUUCCAUGAUUUCUGUAUUCAAAUUUCAAACACAAAGAUUUUGUUUUUAUUAUUUCUCCGUAAUUAUUGCCAUUUCUUGCAAAUAAUUUUUUUUUCCUGGAAUUCCUGCUGCACUGUUGAAGCUCUGUGCAGUGACUACAAUGGCGGAAAGUCAAGCUUCAGAAUUCUGUUCACUACAGUCCAAACAUAAAGCUUCUUCUUGUGUUCAUCUUGUAGCAUUUCAAAAACUUGAUUGUUGAAUUUUUCAGUUUUGUUUUGGAAAUUAAGGCAGCCAUUUCUGCUCCAAUUCUGCUUGAAAUUUCUUCUUUAUCUUUGCGAUUCUACUAGCUCCCAUUUCGAAGCUCAUCAUCCUAUUUAAGAUUUUUUUUUUUUAAUAAAAAGUUCAAAACUCUUAAAUUAUAGGGUUUUAAGUUUCUGAGUACUUCACUUAAGCUGUAGCUAUGAAGGAGGUAGAAACCGGAGUUUCUAGGUUUACAGUUACGAAUGAUGAAGCCCUAGACAGCUUCCAGUUAGCUCCAAGAACAGAAGCCCUAAAAUCAACCGGUGAGUCUAAAGUGACGGAGCUCGCGGCAGCUGCUCCACCACCAGGGUUUACAGCGGCGGCUGAUACACCACCGGCGAGUUUAGCGGUUUCUAGUACUGAAACAAAGAAGAAGAGAGGGAGGCCGAGAAAGUACGGACCGGAUGGGAAGCGGUCACUGACAUUAGCGUUGUCUCCGAUGCCGAUAUCGUCGUCAAUUCCACUGACUGGAGAAUUCCCGAAUUGGAAACGAGAUAACGAGAUUUCUCAACCGAUAGUUAAGAAGCCGCAGAGAUUUGAGUUUGAGAAUCCCGGUCAGAGACUUGCAUACUCUGUUGGUGCAAAUUUUACUCCCCAUGUGAUCACUGUCAAUGCUGGAGAGGACAUUACAAUGAAGGUUAUGUCUUUCUCUCAACAAGAAUCCCGAGCUAUUUGCAUUCUUUCUGCAAAUGGUACAAUUUCAAAUGUUACACUUCGACAGGCAACUUCUUCCGGAGGUACCUUAACGUAUGAGGGACGUUUUGAAAUACUUGCAUUGACUGGAUCAUAUAUGCCCACACAGAAUGGAGCUACGAAGAGCAGAUGUGGUGGGAUGAGCGUCUCACUAGCAGGUCAAGAUGGACGAGUCGUUGGCGGUGGACUUGCUGGUUUGUUGGUAGCUGCUGGUCCUGUGCAAGUUGUGGUCGGCAGUUUCCUUCCAGGUCACCAGCAAGAACAAAAGCCAAAAAAGCCUAGAAAUGAGUCCACAACCAUUUUCUUUCCUCCCGUCAACACCAUCACCGGUGAAGAAAUGAAGGCAAUGUACGCUGGUGGUAACAAACCUAUUCUCACGACGACGUCCUAUCAAGAACAUAAUCCACCAUCCCCUAGCCCGGUGACAGGCUUCAAAAUCUCCUCCACUGACAACUUACCUCUAUCUGAUCAAGAACCAAAAACACAAAGUCAAUCAAACUGUGAGGUUUCUUGUUGAUCGCGUCGUUUUGUAGUUUUCAUUCUUCUUCUCCAUAGGUUUCAUAGUUCCUAACUCAGGUCGACCCAUUUUCAAAACUAAUAUGAGUCCUUUCUGGCUGUUGUUCAACAAAUUAUUUGGGUCCUUAGUCCUCACAUUGUGUUGGUUUAACUUAAUCUUGUGGUUUUUUACAUCAGAUAAUAGGUGCCUUAGAGUCCAUUAGGCUUCUUUGUGAUUCUUGCCAUCAAGUGUCCUUUUACAGGAUUUAACAUAUGAAUUUCCAUGGUUGCCACUGGCUAGCUAAUAAGCGAGCAGCAUAGUGGAGUCUCGAAGAUAGACGAUAUGAAUGAGCUCAGAUUGUAGCAGCUUCAAAGACCUCUCUCUCGACUUUAGCAGCGACAAAAUCUUUUAGAUGUGUAAAAGAUUUGAGAAACAUUGUUUUCCACUUUCAUUACCAUGUGUUUUUUGUAUCAGAACAUUGUUGUAUUUGAGUGAAAAUCAUUUCAAUGUUUCA